AUGCCGGUCCAGUGGUCCCCAGCCCGGAACGCGGACGGGAGUUUGCAGAUCCUACAGGGCCCGCACGGCGACGAGGAGGUGAUUGCCUGUCGCGAAAACGACGCGGCGCUUAUUCUUCAGGGCGAAAAUCAUGGCAUCGGGACUUUCUAUGUCACUUCGCGACGCGUCGCGUGGCUCACCAAGCCAGAUGCAGCCUCUGCGGGAGACGAGCAGCGAAAGGACAUUGCUGUCGACUAUCCCUCGAUUGUGCUUCACGCCCUGUCACGAGAUCCAAACAGCGGGCACGAGCCGUGUAUCUACUGCCAGCUUAAGAGCGACGCGGCAGCAGAGGAAGACGAGGACUAUGUGAUCCCAGAAAUGCGCAUUGUACCCAGUUCCCCCGAAAAGCUCGACACACUGUUCAAAGUCAUGUCUGAGAUGGCUGCGCUGAAUCCGGACCCUGACGCAGAUGACGGGGACGAUGAUGAGGACGACUUUAUCAUCGAAGCUGAUGGGCUGCGAGAGGGAGGGUCCCUUCCUGGCGGCUGGGAAAUCGUCGAGGGCGGAGAGGACGGAAAUGGCGCGGGCGGGGAAGACCGAGACGCCGGCGAGCGAGAGGAUGUAGAUAUGUUGCCAAAUGGACACUAG